AUGUCAGGUCGUGAAGGAGGCAAGAAGAAACCAUUGAAACAGCCGAAAAAAGACAAGCAAGAAUUAGACGAUGAUGAUAAAGAAUUUAAAGAAAAACAAAGAUUAGAAAAGCAAAAAUUAGCCGACGCAUCCAAAAAAGCAUCUGGAAAAGGCCCAUUGAAAUUAGACUCCAAUGAACCACCUAACUUAAGUCAAAAAGCUAAAGAAAAAGCUAUGCAAAACUCAAGAAAAUCGAGCAAAAAUCGAAUGAAUAAAACAUCAUCUUCAAUAACAACGACUUACGAUCCAUUCAAUACAAAACAAUUGCAAAUACGUGCAAAAAAGUCAACACCAAUUUCUCUUAGAGCAGUUCUUAUUAUAGCCGGUAUAACCUACAUUGGUGUUAAACUUAUUCCAACUGAAUAUAUUCGUCCGGAUAUAAUUGGUUUAAAUCGUGCAAAUAAACGAACAAUAUUAUCUAAAAAGCUCUAA